CGCCACCGGAAGGGCCCGGACCGGGCACGGCCGCCAGCAUGAGCGAGCGGGUGCUGUGCAGCGCCAGGGCCGCGGUGCUGCUCUACGACGAGGCGCAGAAGCUCUGGGUGCCCGCGGGGGGGGUUCCCGGGGCUGGGGGCGCCCCCCAGAGCCCCCCCAGCUGUGUGCAGCUGUUCCAGCAGCCCGGCUCGCUCGCCUUCCGCCUGCUGGGGCGGCGCCUCGGGCCCGAGCAGCAGGUGGUCCUGAACUGCCCCCUGGCGCGGGGGCUGCGCUACAGCCAGGCCACCCCCCAGUUCCACCAGUGGUCUUUGGGGCUGCAGGCCGAGCAGGGGACCCCCCUGGCCUGGCCGGACCCCGAUGGCUCCGCCCCCCCUGAGCAGCCCGACAGGCCGGUGAUGGACGAGCCCGAGCGCCGCGGGACAGGGGGGGCCGGGGGGGGGCCCGGGGGGGUCUCGGGGUUCGCGGCCGCCAUCGCGGGGGCCAAGCUCAGGAAAGUGGCCAAGGACGAGCCCCCGAGCGGGGGCGUGGCCGGCGCUGGGGGCGGGGCCGCCCCUCCCCCCGCCCCUCCCCCGAAGGCGGAGCUGCCCCCGCGGCGGGGGCUGAUGGAGGAGAUGAGCGCCAUGCUGGCCCGCAGGAGAAAAGCCACGGAAGCGCCAAAAAAGGAGGAUGACGUCACCACCGAGGAGGCGGAGCCCGGCGAGCGGAGGGCGGGACCGGCGCCGGAGCCCGUCCGGAGGCCGUGGGAAAAAUCCAGCUCCACCUUGCCCAGGAUGAAAUCGGCCGUUCCAGCCCCCCCCGAGCCCCACAGUGAGCUGGACCUGGAGCGGUUCAAACUGGAGCUGCUGGAGGAAUUUCGGCGGGAGCUGCACAAAAUGAAGGAGGAGAUCAUCCAAGCGCUGCUGAUGGAGCUGAGGAAGCCAAACCGGCCCUGACCCCGCCCCCCACCAAGCCACGCCCCCAAUUUUGGGGGUGGGGGAGGGGUCGGGCCCCUCCCCCCCUUCAACCUUUCCCCCACCCCCAUCUCACCGCCCCCACCC